AUGCUGGCAGAUGGGCGUGGCGCAGAACCCGAGGGGCAAACCUGCAAGGUGCUUUACGGAGGGGAUUGGGCGGGCGUACCGUUCCACCAAAAAACGUCGGCCACGCCCGAGGUGGAACCCCUGUUGAGGCCUGUUUAUUUAAAAGAAAUUUAA